UUAAUUAGGAGCUCCUUGGGGAUGUUGAUGUUACUGAGGCUGAGAUUCAUCAGAAAGUCUACAAGUAUUUGAGAAAAAGGAACACUACUGCUGGGAAGACUACUAACCUCAAAAAAUGGCUUGCCAUGAGGUUGAGAAUGGAUGGAUAUGAUGCUUCUCUGUGUAGAACUUCCUGGGUCACCACCUUCAACUGUCCAGGAGGUGAUUAUGAGUAUAUAGAUAUUAUGAUGCAAGAUGACAAAGGGGGUUCAUCAGGAAGAUUGAUAGUUGACAUAGAUUUUAAAUCUCAAUUUGAAUUGGCUAGGCCUACUUCUUCCUACACACAGCUCGCAGACACCCUUCCCUCAAUAUUUGUUGGGAGUGAAACAAAGCUUGACAAGAUUAUCUCAAUCCUUUGCACAGCUGCCAAACAGUCACUUAAGGAGAGAGGUCUCCAUGUUCCUCCAUGGAGAAAGACCAGUUACAUGCAAUCCAAGUGGCUUUCUGACUGUCAGAAAGUGUCACCCACUCCUUGCAUCAAAUCUAACAGAGAAUCUAACAGAAAUAAUAGAGAUGAAGGAAGCAGUGGGGAUGCUGUACAAGGUUCUUCCCAGUUUAGCAAAUGGGCACCUCCAGCUCCAAUAGUAAAGCCCAGUAGAAGAGAAUUGGGUAGAGGAUCUGGUUUGUCUAGCCAAUUUUCCAACUUGAGCAUCAACUGUUGUUAGUUU